UCUAUAAAAUGGGGCACCCUUUCAUCAUUCUUACUCAGCACAGAAGAAGAAAAAUCCCUAGAGCAAAAGGAAAACAAUCAAUAAAAUCUCCGAAGGGAAAGAAGAAUGGGUUCAUGCAGUCCUCAGCUUCCACUCAUCAAUCUUGCGGACAAAACCCUAGAACCAGGAAGCUCAAAGUGGGCUGAAGUGAGGAGUGAUGUCCGUAAAGCUCUCGAAGACUUCGGUUGUUUCGAAGCUUCAUAUGAUAAAGUGUCAUUGGAGCUUCAGGAAUCGAUUGUGAAAACCAUGGAAGAGCUUUUCGGAUUGCCAGUUGAGACCAAAAAAAGAAACGUGUGCCCCAAACCUUACGUUGGAUAUUUGAAUCAUAAUAAUCUCUCCGAGAGUUUGGGGAUCAGUAAUGCUAAUAUUUUGGAGAACAUCAACGAAUUUUCUCAACAGCUAUGGCCUGAUGGUGACGGUAACGAGAAUAUCAGUAAAACGAUCCAGUUGUUUGCAGAGAAGUUAGGGGAAAUAGAUGUGAUGGUGAGAAGAAUGGUAAUGGAGAGCUUUGGAAUAGAAAAAUACAUUGAUGAACAUCUAAAUUCUACGGAAUACCGUAUGCGACUGAUGAAGUAUAUUGCACCACCUGAUGGUGAUGCUAAUACUACUGUUAACGAUAAUGCUGAUCUUCUUGCUAAGCUUAACAUUGAUGGUGAUGAUGGUGUUGGUCCUAAUGUUGGUGUUAAAGUUAAUGCCGAUAUUAGUGAUGAUGUUAAUGCUAAUGCUAGUGUUGGUGCUAAUGUUAAUGAUGAUCUUAAUGUUGAUGCUGAAGCUAAUGUUGCCAUCGGUGGUGGUGUUAACGCUAAUACUGAUCUUGGUGUUGGUGUUAAUGUUAAUUCUAAUGUUGAUGUUAAUGCUAUAACUGGUGCUACUGGUGGGGAUGGUGUUGAGGCUAAUGAUGAUAAUGAGGAGAAGAAGUUGGGUUUACCUUCUCAUACUGAUAAAAACCUUUUCACAGUACUUUUUCAACAUGAAAUUGAAGGUUUGGAGGUACUGACCGAAGAUGACAAGUGGAUCAGAGUGAAACCAUCCCCGAAUACUUUCACUGUUAUUGCCGGAGAUUCUCUAUGUGCACUUAUGAACGGUAGAAUUCGUGCUCCGUAUCACCGAGUAAGAGUAACGGAGAAAAAGAAGACAAGAUACACAGCAGCAAUUUUCACGUGUCCAAAACCAGAUUAUAUCAUAGAGGCACCAAUAGAACUUGUGGACGAGAAGCAUCCACGUCUCUUCAGACCCUUUGAUUACCGCGACUUGUUUACCUUCUAUCACUCAGAAGCUGGUCGUAAAGUUCAAUCUACUCUUCAAGCUUAUUGUGCCGUCUCCGAAGCAUAAAUUAAUGUGUGCGCUUGAUUCCGAGUUUCAACAAUGUUUGGUGAUUUCAAGUUUAUCAAAAACCGUGUAGUACGAUCGAAAUAAGGGUUUUUGAUUAUUUAAUAUAUGUUUUGUGUGAUAAGUAUGUUUUGGGAGCUCUUUUUGUUAUAUGAAAAUCAAUAAAGUAUGUGUGCAUGCAUGCACAUGUAUAUGUACAAUAAUGUAACAAAUUAUUGUGUUUGUUGACGUUGACUGCGCCAAAUAAUAAUAGUGUUUCUAGAAUA